AAGGCUCCUCAAUCAACGUAGACAAACUGAGCGUGAUAUAUAACCGUAUAGUACAUAGCAAACUCACUGGGUGAACAUGGCUUUGAGUCGAGCCUUGCAUUUUGUUUUCAAAGUGGGUGACAGAAGCAAAACGGCCACCUUUUACCGAGAUGUGCUCGGCAUGAAGAUUUUGCGUCACGAAGAGUUUGAAGAAGGAUGCAAGGCCACUUGUAAUGGCCCUUAUGAUGGAAAAUGGAGCAAGACAAUGGUCGGCUUUGGUCCAGAAGAUGAUCACUUUGCGGCUGAGCUGACCUACAAUUAUGGAGUGGGAGAAUAUCGCCUUGGCAAUGACUUCCUGGGUCUGACUCUGCAGUCUAGCCAGGCUGUCAGUAAUGCUAAGCGGCUUGGUUGGCCCCUCACUGAGGUUGGAAAGGCCCUCUAUCUGGCUGAGGCUCCAGGAGGUUAUCGCUUCUACCUGGUGGACAAAGAACAGCCUCCUAAUGAUCCUGUACAGAAGGUGUGUCUGGCAGUGUCUGACCUGCAGAAAUCAACACACUACUGGUCCUCCCUUUUGGGGAUGAAGGUGAUAGAGAGAGAUGAGGAGAAGACUGUGCUGAUGGGAUUCGCAGACACUCAGUGUAAACUAGAGCUUCACAACAUUGGUGGGACAGUAGAUCACGGGACAGCCUUCGGGCGGAUAGCGUUCUCUUGUCCACGUGAGCAGUUGGCAGAUCUUGAAGCCCUGAUGACAAAAGAGAACCAGAAAAUCCUUACUCCCUUGGUUAGCCUGGACACCCCUGGGAAGGCAACAGUAGAAGUGGUCAUUUUGGCUGAUCCAGAUGCCCAUGAGAUCUGCUUUGUGGGAGAUGAGGCAUUCAGACAACUCUCCCAGAUGGACCCCAGUGGAAAUGCAUUGCUGGAUAAGGCGAUGGCUGAAGAUAAAAGCGAUGUCUGGUUUGCCAAGCACAACAAGCAGAAGGCUUCAGCAAAAGUGUGAAGAACAUAGCUUAGCCAUCAUGGGUCUUCUGGAAAUUUCCAACCUUUUGCCCCAUUUAUGGCAUUACCCUUCCAGCGGCACAAUGUCAGUAGAUUUUACUCAACCAGAAAUAUUAUUUUGAGAUGCUUAGAAUGAGACUGAAAGUGUAGCUGUAUUUGAGUCAUACUGUGGCAGAUGCUUGAUGAUCAUAGACCACUUAUAUUAACCUUGUUUGUGUAUGCAUUGAAAAAAAAUUGUACCUCAGCUCAAUGACAUGAGUAAAACACUAAUACUUGUGA